CGACGGUCACCGGGGCGACCCGGGCCCGGCUUCCGAAGCGACAUACGGCUCCGGCCCCUCCCCCGCCGGGCCGCCUCACCUUCUGGCCGCCGCCCCGGGGGAAGGCACCUGUGCCUCCUCGCGCGCGGGGGUCGGCCCGGGCAGCGCCCCUGGACGGGCGCGCGCUGCUGUCGCCGCCGUCCCCGGCCGCCACCGGGUCCCGAGGACCGUGCAGCCCGCCCGGGGCUGGGGAGGGGGUAGCUUGGGGAGAAGGAGUGGCCGCGGGCCGGGCACCAUGAACGGCGGCGGCGCCAACAUCACCUACGCCAGCCGCAAGCGGCGGAAGCCGGUGCAGAAAACAGUAAAGCCAAUCCCAGCUGAAGGAAUCAAGUCAAAUCCUUCCAAGCGACAUAGAGACCGGCUUAACACAGAAUUGGACCGUUUGGCUAGCCUGCUGCCUUUCCCACAAGAUGUUAUUAAUAAGCUGGACAAACUUUCUGUUCUUAGGCUCAGUGUCAGCUACCUGAGAGCCAAGAGCUUCUUUGAUGUUGCAUUAAAGUCCUCCUCUGCGGACAGAAAUGGAGGCCAGGAUCCCUGCAGGGCAAAGUUUGGAGAAGGCCUGAACUUGCAAGAGGGAGAAUUCUUACUGCAGGCUCUGAAUGGCUUUGUACUGGUUGUCACUGUAGAUGCUUUGGUCUUUUAUGCUUCUUCUACUAUACAGGAUUACCUGGGGUUUCAGCAGUCUGAUGUUAUACAUCAGAGUGUGUAUGAACUUAUCCAUACCGAGGACCGAGCUGAAUUCCAGCGUCAGCUACACUGGGCAUUAAACCCUUCACAGUGCACAGACCCUGGACAAGGAGCCGAUGAAACUCAUGGUCUUCCACAGCCAGUAUAUUAUAACCCAGACCAGCUUCCUCCAGAAAACUCUUCCUUCAUGGAAAGGUGUUUCAUAUGCCGAUUGAGGUGCCUACUGGAUAACUCAUCAGGCUUCCUGGCAAUGAAUUUCCAGGGGAGGCUGAAGUUUCUUCAUGGACAGAACAAAAAAGGGAAGGAUGGAUCACUACUUCCACCCCAGCUGGCUUUGUUUGCAAUAGCUACUCCCCUUCAACCACCAUCCAUCCUUGAAAUCAGAACCAAAAAUUUCAUCUUCAGAACCAAACACAAACUAGACUUCACACCUACUGGCUGUGAUGCUAAAGGACAGAUCGUCUUGGGCUACACAGAGGCAGAGCUGUGCAUGAGAGGGUCGGGGUAUCAGUUCAUCCAUGCUGCUGAUAUGCUGUACUGUGCCGAGUCCCACAUACGGAUGAUUAAGACUGGAGAAAGUGGCCUAGCAGUUUUCAGGCUUCUUACAAAAGAUAAUCGAUGGGCUUGGGUCCAGUCUAAUGCACGCUUUAUUUAUAAGAAUGGAAGACCAGAUUUUAUCAUUGCAACUCAAAGACCUCUAACAGAUGAAGAAGGAAGAGAGCAUUUACUAAAACGAAACACGAAGUUGCCUUUUAUGUUCACCACUGGAGAAGCUGUGUUGUACGAGAUGACCAGCCCCUUCCCGCCCAUCAUGGACCCCCUGCCAAUAAGGCCUAAAAGUGGCACUUGUGGGAAGGACUCUGCCACCAAACCAACUCCAAGUAAGGAUUCUGUCCAUCCCAGUUCCCUCCUGAGUGCCCUGAUGCAGCAGGAUGAGUCUAUUUACCUCUAUCCUCCUUCGAGUAACGCACCUUUUGAAAGAAACUUUUUUACUGAGUCUCUGAAUGAGUGCAGUAACUGGCCAGAGAACGUUGCGUCGGUGGCCGGUGGCAGUGUCCUCAAACACGAGCAGAUCGGUCAGUCUCAGGAAGUGAGCCCAGCGUUCUCCGGAGAUCAGACGGUGCUCUUUCCAGAUAAUAAAAACUGUGACUUGUACAACAUUAUGAAAAACCUCGGUGUAGAUUUUGAAGAUAUCAAAAACAUGCAGAAUGAGGAGUUUUUCGGGGCUGACUUUUCUGGUGAGGUUGACUUCAGAGACAUUGACAUAACAGAUGAAAUCCUGACUUAUGUCCAGGAUUCUUUAAACAAGUCCCCCUUCGGGAGUCCAGGUUACCAGCCUCAGCCAGCCACAGCACUGAACUCCAGCUGUAUGGUGCAGGAACGCCUGCAGCUCGGACCGCCGCAGCAGCCUCCGUGCCGCUCGGAGCAGGCAACAGUGGAGCCGCAGCAACAGCUGUGUCAGAAGAUGGAGCACAUGCAAGUUAACAGCAUGUUUGCCAACUGGAGCGCUAACCAGCCCGUGCCUUUCAGUGAGCCUCAGCAAGACCUCCAGCCAUACAGCGUCUUCACGGACUUCCACACGGCUGAUCAAGCGUUUCCCUACACGGCGGCGAUGAAUACGAUGCCUUAUACACAGAACUUUACUCCUUGUAAUCAGACUGUAGCACCACAGCAUUCCAGGUGUACACAGUUGGAUUUCGCUAUGGGGAAUUUUGACUCAUCUCCAUACCCUAGUACCUCUAAUCUAGAAGAUUUUGUCACUUGUUUACAAGUUCCUGACAGACAGACACAUGGAGGGAACCCACAGUCAGCCAUGGUGGCUCCUCAGACGUGUUAUGCUGGGGCCGUGUCGAUGUAUCAGUGCCAGCCGGGACCUGCACACACCCUCAUGGGUCAGAUGCAGUGCGAGCCACCAGUGCCAGGCCCAGAGGCAUUUUUAAACAAGUUUCCGAACGGGGGCAUGUUAAAUGAGACAUACCCAGCUGACCUGCAUGACAUAAAUAACACUGUGGCCAGCACACACCUCCCGCCGCUGCACCAUCCGUCCGAAGCCAGACCCUUCCCUGACCUGGCGUCCGGCCGACUGCUGUGAUUCCAAGCCCAGCGUUCACCUUGGUUUUCUGCACUGAAGUCACUUGUGAAGGAUUACAGAGUAUUAAACCGUCAGUGCUGGACAGCAGGUUCACCUGGAGGCUUCGGCGCAUGCACCGUUACUCUAAGCCGAGUUUUAAUUUCUGUUUUCAGAAAAGGAGUCUUAGAAAUAAUGCUGGCAUUUCAUAUGCUAUAGUCAUUCAGAUGGAAUGUGUGCAACCAUGGAAUCGUGAGAUACCAUCUAUAUGUUACAUGGCUCUGAGCACCACAAGCAUGCAGACUUGUUCAGGGGAUUUAAAGACUUAAAUUUGAAAACUUUCUUUGAAUUAUCCUUUCAGGAUAACAAUGAAAAACUUUGACGUUUCCAUCUUCUUUAUUGUUAGUACACCAAAUACAAAGUUACAAAAUAAACCCAUUUCUCUAUCAUUUUAGCCUCUGCUUUUGUGUCAGAUGUUAAAAUAAGUGGUUUGGUGCUUUUAUAAGAAGAAAAUAAUCUCAGUGCUCUCCUCUUUCACUGUUACUCUAAGUGCCUCACAUUUCUUUCUACCUGUAACACUGUAGGAUGUAUAUUUUAUAUAAAAUAGUCUUUUUCUUGUUUAAAUUACUAGCAUUCUCUCUGCACCCAGAUAUAUUUGUAUUUCCUAAAU